UUCCACUUUAAGAAGGCGGACUCGCCUCACACACUCUGUGUUUAUUACGCGCCUAGAAGUGGCACAUGGAGGCGAUACAGUGAAAUCCCUGACUGAUUCCUUGAAAUAUGGUGAAACCUACUGGCACUGACAGCACACGGAACGUCCGGGAAGUUUUUUUUUGGAAUUCUGCUUUUCAUUACGGUGAAGAGUAGAUGAGUUGUCACAUAUUCUGUACGUGUAUCUGAGGUUGUUUCAACUAGUUUCAUCACAUGGUUCUUCUGCUGCCACACGCGCGCCUGUAAAUGCGGCAGCGCUGGCGACUCCCGUCUGAUCCGACGCUCACAGCUGGAUUUUAUCGGCUGUUUAGAAGGAACUCUAGAGAGAGCUGAAGACAGGUCAGGACAGCAGAGACUGAGAUGGAAGAGCUGUCAAGCCCCAAAAGACGCCAGUAAGCGGGUAGAUUCAGAAUUAGACGCGAUGGCAGCGUCCAGCAACUCCAGUCUGUCGGGUUCCUCCGUCUCUUCGGAUCCUGAAGAUUAUCAGCCACCGAUAUGGAAAUCCUACUUGUACCAGCUACAGCAGGAAGCACCAAGACCAAAGAGGAUCACAUGUCCUCAGGAGAUGGAAAGCAGACCUAAAUACUAUGGAAGAGAGUUCCAUGGUCUGAUUUCCAGAGAGCGUGCAGAUGAACUGCUUGCUGGGACAGAAGGUGCUUACCUCAUCAGAGAGAGUCAGAGACAACCAGGAACAUAUACACUUGCUUUGAGAUUUGGUGGUCAGACUUUGAACUACCGACUCUUCUAUGAUGGAAGGCACUUUGUGGGAGAGAAACAUUUCGAGUCAGUUCAUGAUCUGGUUACAGACGGCCUCAUUACUCUCUAUAUUGAGACAAAGGCAGCAGAAUACAUCGCCAAGAUGACCACAAACCCUAUCUACCAGCAUUUGGGCUACACCUCUUUCCUGAGAGACAAAAUCACUCACAGACUCAACCGGACCCGCUCUGAGGCCAAAAAAGUUACUUUCAAGCAGGAUGAAAAGAUCAACUCGUCACCACUGAGCAGACGGGCCACAAUCAGGGACAGACCGGAGAAACACUGCCACUAUGAGAAGAUCCACAACUUUAAGGUGCACACCUUCAGAGGGCCACACUGGUGUGAAUACUGUGCAAACUUCAUGUGGGGUCUUAUCGCCCAGGGCGUCCGUUGCUCAGACUGCGGGCUGAACGUGCACAAACAGUGCUCCAAACUAGUGCCCAGCGACUGUCAGCCGGACCUCCGCAGGAUCAAGAAGGUCUUCAGCUGCGAUCUCACCACACUGGUCAAAGCCCACAACACGCCAAGGCCGAUGGUUCUGGACAUGUGUAUCAAAGAGAUCGAGCACAGAGGUUUGAAAUCAGAGGGUCUCUACAGAGUGUCAGGCUUCACAGACCACAUUGAAGAUGUCCGGCUGGCCUUCGAUAGAGAUGGUGAGAAAGCAGACAUCAGUGCCAACAUGUACCCAGACAUCAAUAUAAUCGCCGGAGCUCUGAAGCUUUAUUUGCGAGAUCUGCCCAUUUCAGUCAUCACAUAUGACGUCUACUCCAAAUUCAUACAAGCAGCCAAAAUAACAGACCCUGAUUCUAGACUGGAGGCAGUUCAUGAUGGUCUUCUCCAACUUCCUCCUGCCCAUUAUGAAACCCUGCGGUAUCUGAUGACACACCUGAAGAGGGUCACCAUGCACGAGAAGGACAAUUACAUGAACUCCGAGAACCUAGGAAUCGUUUUUGGCCCGACGCUCAUGCGGCCCCCGGACCAGAACGCGCUCGCCACUCUCAACGACAUGAGAUACCAGAAACUGAUAGUUCAGCUCCUGAUAGAGCAUGAGGACAUCUUGUUCUAAACAGCUGAAAUGAAGACAUCUUUUAAAGACUUUAAAGAGCGUGUACAUACACAUUUGUGCUGAAUACAGAGUUCGUUAUUAUUGAUGGGCAUUUUGUUUAAAGGAAUAGUUCACACAAAAAUGUAAGUUUGCAGAAAAUUUGGAUGUAGGUGAGAUUGUUUCUUCAUCAGAAAAGAUUUGGAGAAAUGUAGCAUUGCAUCACUUGCUCACUGAUGGAUCCUUUGCAGUGAAUGGGUGCCGUCACAUUCAGAGU